CUCACCGGAGAAAAGGAGAAGAGAAUUUUCUCCUACCUUUCCUUUGCAGUUGCAAAGCGUCUCCUCUUCUCUCCUGCUCCUCCUCUCCUACCCUCGUUGCCUCCCACCAAACCCUAAACCAAGCUCCGAAUCCCUCCCGUCUCUACCCCCACCGAGCUCGCAAGUUCUUGAUUGGAGCAGCCGAGCCCAGCUCAGAUUCCCCGCGGGGUCCCGGGAGUAUUCGAGGUCUUGGCGGGAAGCCAAGAAAUGGCGGAGGGGGAGGAGACCAAGGUGGAGGGAACGAGAGAGGAAGAGAGAGCGGAUGCAGGGGCGGGAGCGGAGGAGGAGGAGGUAGAGGUGAAGUUCCGGCUCUUCGACGGCUCUGACAUCGGCCCCAUCCGCUGCAACGCCGCUGCUACCACCGUCGCCGCACUCAAGGACCGCGUCGUUGCCGAUUGGCCCAAAGAUAAAACAAUUGUCCCAAAGAGUGCUAAUGAUGUGAAACUGAUAAGUGGAGGCAAAAUUCUAGAAAAUGACAAGAAUAUUGCACAGUGCAGAGCACCUUUUGGUGAUCUUCCCAGCACUGUUAUAACAAUGCAUGUUGUUGUCCAGCCAUCAUCCGCAAAGUCAAAACCAGACAAGAAGACGAACAAGUUGCCUAAGACCACUCGCUGCUCUUGUACCAUACUAUGAAUGUCAAGUGUACUCCGUCGACAAUAAUUUGUGUGCCCACCAAGAGAGACGACUGGACAGAAGUGGAACAUCCAGCACCCAAGACGUGUCGUGUAUUGUUGUGAGGUGAUAUUGUAACUGUAAGCUAGAUACUACACAAGAGUCGGUCCGGUCCCUCUGUCGCUAGGGCAAUAGCGUCGCUUUGUCUUGUUUUACCCAACAAAGGAUGUUUCUAUAUGAUGUACAAGAUACACACACAUUGCUGGUGCUGUUGCUGUUGUGGAGGUGAAGGACCUGCUGUUCGUCGCCGUGCCAAGUUGGGUUAAAAAGGGUCAAGGUUGUUGGGUGUGUCACGCAACCUGAUUGUUUGUUCUCACUUGAGACUCCGUGAAAUGAUGUUUUACUCCUUGUUCCUUCUUGUUCA